AUGACGGCCGGGUUGAAAACGAUUAUUGCGCUCUCCUUUGUCCUUGCCAUCGGAUUCCUCCUCGUCAUCCUCUCCGCGGCGUUGUUCCAUAACUUCCUCACCCUCCUCGUUGUCGCAACAUAUGUGUUGGCGCCCGUACCAAACUGGGUGGCAGGAAGAUGUGCCAACGCCGAUGACUUUAUCGAGAGCAAUUCCGGGGCUUGGAUAGACCUGGGUCGCUUUGCUACGGGAUUUCUCGUGCUUAUGGGGAUCGCCUUGCCGGUACUACUUGCGCAUUCUGCUCUUAUUCAAGUUCCAGCCAUGAUUAUGUCCAUUGUGGGCGGGUUGCUGAUAUACGGCACCAUCAUCAGCUUCACCCAGUUUUUCAAGGAGGAACAGGACUUUUAA